GAACCCUUUGUCAGCCAUGUAUCUUUCCUUUUUUUAAAUUCCUGGUAGUUGUACAUUGUGCUGAUCAAAAUAAAUAAACUCAUUCAUAAUCAAAGGUUAUUAAACCUCUAAAGCAUUGUAGUUGUUAUGCAAAUGUUUUCUGCUCUUUAAAAAAUUUUUUUUUUAUCAUCCAUUAAUCCAUCUACCCGUUUAUCCGGGAUUGGGUCAUGACAUUAUUACCUUCGCGUUGAAAAUGCGGAAGGUUAUGUUUUGAUCGGCGUGUAUUUAUUUAUUUAUUUGUAUGCGUGUUCCUCGCAUAACAAAAAAAGUUUUAAACCGAAUCGCAUGAAAUUUGGUGGGAUGAUUGGUUAUUAUCCGGGGACCAUCUGAUUAGAUUUUGGGAUCAAUCGGGUCAAAGGUCAAGGUCAUGGAAAGGUCAACAUCUUCUUUUUACCAUAGCACGGUCAAUUUUUAUCCAAUUGGCAUGCAACUAAUGCCAAAAUGUUCAUAAUUCAAUGCCCAAUCUUGUGAUAUGCGAAGGUAUGCACUCUACUGAGUGCCCAUUCUAGUUAUUAAUGUUUAGGAAUUAACAAUAUUUUGUGACAAAAACAGUCUGGUGCCUGAGUCCAUACAGUUACCAAAUAAUAUAAAACAUUGUGCCGCCUUUUAAAAACAUUAAAGGUCUAUGAAAACAUUAAAAGGUCUAAAAAAAGGUCUAUAAAAACAUUACUGUCUACCACUGCUGUGACACCCGCAGUUCCGUAAUCUCGCGAUAUCUCCGUUACCCGGAGCCCUUCUCAUAUCACGUGAUGUGGGCAGAACACUCACUGCGGCUUCAUUUCGGCGGACGUUUCGUACGGUAAGAAAUGGAUCCCUUUUUUGAAUUUUUUACAAAGACAAGUCCAAAUUAAUCACGAUUGCUCCUCUUCGUGCAGAUGUGAAGUACAACGCCAUAACACGGAAGUAAGCCCAAGGAAACGGGAUUUAAAAUGUUGUGCCAAUACAGAGGCACAACCCUCUCGCCCUGUGUUGGCUGUGCGAGACCACCAGUGUCCGUUUUGCUGUCAACUAACUAGCUGAGGCCUAACGUCAUAUUUUGUGUUUUGUCUUUAUUUCAUAACAAAUGUGCCCAACGUAAAAAAGAAAAGACAACCAGCUUCUCGUUAGACGCGUAACGUUAGUUAAUCGAGACAUAUUACCUUGUUUCCCCCGCCCUCCAAUGUCUGACUGUAUUACGCGGGUUAAUUUAACGCUAGCCUCAUAGCUGCCACUGCGGUCGUCUUCUGUGGUCGCUCAACAGAACAUUCAAGAUGCAUGAGCUGCACUGUGUGUGCAUGUGUGUGCUUCCACGUUGCAGCUCCAUGAGGCGGAUUGGUGUGUGAAAGCAUCAGCAUGGAAAGGGUGAAGAUCGAGGAAGUCGUUGUUGGGAAUGACAAGAGAGCCGCCUCCGCGGAGAUCAAGCCUGAGCCCGUGGUCGCCCCUCAGCAGUCCUAUCAGCACGAGAGUCUGCAAUGUUUCCAGUGCUUCAUCACUUUCUGUAACUCCAAAGCCAAGGAGAGACACAUGAGGAAGAGUCAUCGGGACCAGUACAAACAGCACCUGCAGCAGACUGAUACAGUCUUUACGUGCUAUAAGUGUGACAAGAGCUUCUCCUACUCUGAGGAGCUAAGCCAGCACCAGGCCACCCACAGCACAGAGGAGAAGCCCUUCCUUUGUGCUUACUGCCAGAAAAACUUCUUUACCUUCACUGAGCUAAACAAACACAGACGACAUGAGUGUGUAGAACGACGGUGUCCCUGCAGGGACUGCGGCACCUUGUUCCCCAGCCCUUCACGCCUCCGCAACCAUCGCCUCGCAGCGCACCCCCAGCGCUCCUCGGUGGCCGAUGACAUCAACACCUACCAAUGCUGCAAAUGUACUCACAGUUUUAAGACGGAAGAAGAGCUUCUGCAGCACCAGGAGACAUUUGCCAGUGAUAUAAACUGUGGCGUCAAGCCUCAAGGCAAAAAGCGUGGCCGUAAACCCAAGAACGCAGCUCAAGGAGGGACGGUUGAGAGCAAGAAGGUCAAAGAAGAAGACGAAGAAGAAUACAAUGACUCCACAACGGAGGAUUGCCCAGCCAAUGAGCUGCAACCGGAGCUCAAGAUCCCUUGUUCCGAAGCAAAUUGUGACCUCAUCUUCCCUUCCCUUGAAGCCCUGCGGGCACACAAAAGAGAUCAACAUGGGCCCUCCCCUCACAAUCUUCACACGUGUACAGAGUGUGACGAGAGCUACGCUGAGCCCGAGCAGCUCACAGCGCACGUGGCCAGGGAUCACCACCCUGGAUCCACCUGCCCCAUCUCUGAAAAAGGCUUUGAACAAGAGAGCACCCUGGAGAUCCACCAGAACAUCCACACUGAAGGAGAGGUGGCAGCAGAAAUAAGAUAAUAUAUGGGGAAAAUAUUGAAACUUCAUCCUACAUUAUUCACAUAAAAGGUUUUUGUACCAUAAAUGUAGGUAGAAGAUUUUUAUGUGAAUAUUCUAAGGUGAUUUUUUUUCAAGCAAGGUUAUGCAACCCAUGACUUAUGGAGGUUGUUUUUGAAAUGCCAUUAUUCAUUUGCUUUUAGAAAGACAUCCUACACUUGCCAAUUUAACUCCAAACAGAUUGAUACUUAAUUGUAUUUAUCUAUAGGUUAAAGCUCAUGUCACAAGGCGCUUGCUGUCCAUAUUACCUCUUCUCUACCUGGAAUGGUUUAAAUAAAAGCUCAUUCGCUCUUAAAUGUGGGAUGUUUUUGUAUUUUUCAGGAUGUACAAAAAAGAUUGUAUCUUCAUCAUGACAUCCAAUAUCUGAAAACUGGCCACUGUAUACUAAUAACAUUGAAAUCUGCAGGUUUUCUUGUUUCUUUCUAAAAGUGAAUUCUUGUUUCUUUCUAAAAGUACAUUCUUGUGCCAUUAAACAAUAGUUGUGUUCA